AUGAACAGCAAUACCCAAUUCACAGACCGGGCCAACAAGGCCCUCCUCGAUUCAAACGACCUCGCUGAACAAUACGCACAUUCACAGAUUCUCCCUUUACAUCUUGCAGUGUCCUUAUUGAAUCCUCCAGCUGGCGGCACGGAUGACGAAAAUCAACCUGCUGGCGUCUCGGGAGAUUCAUCCUCAGCGCCCCUUUUCAAACAGGUCGUUGAGCGCGCGCGUGGAGAUCCUCAACUACUAGAACGAGCGUUGAUGAAACUGCUUGUUCGACAACCGAGCCAAGAUCCGCCGCCAGAACGAGUUGCCGUUUCCCCCGCCCUAGCAAAAGUCAUUCGAGCCGCCACCGAGCUGUCGAAAACCCAAAGAGAUAGCUUCGUUGCUAUUGACCAUCUGAUCGUUUCCCUUGUCCAGGACAGCCAAGUCCAGAAAGCCCUUUCCGACUCCAACAUUCCGAACGUGAAGCUUAUCGAUAAUGCUGUUUCACAAAUUCGAGGCAACAAACGAGUGGAUUCCAAGACGGCCGAUUCCGAAGAGGAACACGAAAAUCUCAAAAAGUUCACAAUUGAUAUGACUGCUCUUGCACGGGAAGGAAAAAUCGACCCUGUCAUUGGACGUGAAGAAGAAAUCAGACGGGUUAUCCGCAUUCUUACUCGCCGAACGAAGAACAACCCUGUCUUGAUUGGUGAGCCUGGUGUUGGUAAAACAACCGUGGUGGAAGGGCUUGCUCGUCGCAUCGUCAAUGCCGAUGUGCCGGCCAAUCUAGCCCAUUGCAAACUCCUAUCCCUUGAUGUUGGUUCCUUGGUAGCCGGCAGCAAGUACCGUGGUGAAUUUGAAGAGCGAAUGAAAGGAGUACUCAAAGAAAUCGAGGAUUCUCGCGAAACUAUUGUUCUCUUUGUGGAUGAGAUCCAUCUUUUGAUGGGUGCCGGAUCUAGUGGUGAAGGAGGCAUGGACGCUGCCAAUCUGUUGAAACCAAUGUUGGCUCGUGGUCAGCUUCACUGUAUCGGUGCCACCACUCUCGGAGAAUAUCGCAAAUACAUCGAGAAGGACCAGGCCUUUGAGCGACGAUUCCAACAGGUUCUAGUGAAAGAACCCUCAGUCCCAGAGACCAUCUCCAUUCUUCGAGGCCUCAAGGAGCGAUAUGAAGUCCACCACGGAGUCAACAUUCUAGAUGGUGCGAUCGUGUCCGCUGCAACACUCGCAGCUCGAUACCUCACGGCUCGUCGACUCCCGGAUUCUGCUGUUGACCUGAUCGACGAAGCGGCGGCAGCAGUCCGUGUCACUCGCGAAUCCGAACCUGAGGCACUUGAUAAUCUUGAGAGAAGAUUGCGUCAAUUGCAGAUCGAAAUACAUGCAUUGGAACGCGAAAAGGAUGCUGCGUCAAAAACUCGUCUCGAGCUCGCAAAACAAGAGGCAGCGAAUGUCGCUGAAGAAUUGCGCCCUCUACGAGAAAAAUACGAACAGGAAAAGAAACGCAGUAAGGAUAUCCAAGAUGCAAAGAUGAAAUUGGAUUCUUUGAAAGUCAAGAGGGACGAGUCCAUGCGCUCUGGUGAUACUGCAACAGCCGCCGAUCUUGAAUACUAUGCCAUCCCGGAAACUCAAGCUUUAAUUCAGCGACUCGAGACUGAGAGAGCCAAAGCUGAUGCCGAGGAUCGUGCUCGAGCAGGCAAUCAAGGAGAAACACUGAUGCCCGAUGCCGUUGGCCCCGACCAAAUUAACGAAAUUGUUGCUCGCUGGACCGGUAUUCCUGUAACGAGACUCAAGACCACCGAGAAGGACAAAUUGCUGCAGAUGGAGAAGCACUUGGCCAAAAUUGUUGUCGGUCAGAAAGAAGCUGUACAAUCUGUCUCCAAUGCAAUCCGCUUGCAACGUUCUGGUCUGGCGAACCCAAACCAGCCUCCUAGCUUCCUUUUCUGUGGACCCUCUGGUACUGGUAAGACGCUUCUAACCAAAGCGCUUGCUGAAUUCCUCUUCGAUGAUCCAAAGGCUAUGAUACGAUUUGAUAUGUCCGAGUAUCAGGAAAGACAUUCACUUAGCCGUAUGAUCGGUGCGCCUCCAGGCUAUGUUGGCCAUGAUGCUGGUGGGCAACUGACCGAAAAUCUACGCCGCCGUCCAUUCUCUAUCCUGCUAUUCGAUGAGGUUGAGAAAGCUGCGAAGGAGGUUUUGACAGUCUUGCUUCAACUCAUGGAUGAUGGACGUAUUACCGACGGCCAAGGUCGCAUUGUUGAUGCAAAAAACUGUAUAGUUGUCAUGACUUCGAACCUUGGUGCAGAGUACCUAGCUCGUCCAACAGCUAAAGACGGCCGAAUCGAGCCCGCCACACGAGAGUUAGUCAUGGGUGCGCUGCGCGACUACUUCCUCCCUGAAUUCCUCAACCGUAUCUCCAGUAUUGUCAUCUUCAAUCGUCUCACCAAACGCGAGAUUCGCUCGAUUGUGGAUAUCCGCCUUAACGAAAUUCAGCGGCGUCUGGAACUCAACGAUAAGGACCUCAAGAUUAAUUGUACGGAAGAGGUCAAGGAUUACCUUGGCGAUGCCGGCUACUCACCUGCCUACGGUGCCCGUCCACUGUCUCGUCUCAUUGAACGCGAGGUUCUCAAUAGACUUGCAGUUUUACUUCUCCGUGGUAGCAUCCAAGAUGGUGAAAUUGCCGAGGUGGUCAUGAAGGAUGGCCGUAUCGACGUUCUGCCUAACCACACUGAGAGUGAAGUAGCCGAUGAAGAAAUGGUCGAUUCUGACGAUGCAUUGGCAGAAAUUGAAGAGAACAGCGGUGAUAUGGAUCUCUACGAAUGGUCCUCUCCACACUUUAUGCUUAGAUCAAGAUCAUCUACUAGGGUUCUAAUAGAGCAGAUCACCGGUGUCACCGGCUACAUUGGAUUCCAGACACUCACAUUAGCCCUUGAGAGAGGAUAUCGCGUUCGCGCGGUAGUUCGCAAAGAAGCCAAUAUUUCCGAGCUCAAAAGAAGCCCGGACAUCGCAAAGAGCUCUGACCAAGGACAACUGCAGAUCGUCGUUAUUCCGGACUUUCUCAAGGAUUCAUUCUUCGAGUGCCUAGAUGGUAUCAACGCUAUAAUCCACCUUGCAUCGCCUCUAGCUAUUGAGACCGACGACUACGAUGCAGAUAUUAUCAAGCCGGCAGUCUAUAUGGUCACGACUGUCCUGGAAGCGGCAUCCCGUGUGCCGUCAAUUCGCCGUGUUGUGUUGACAUCUUCAUUAACGGACGUGAACACGAGCGUCGAAGGCCCAUUCUUCGGCGCGAUGCAAGCUUACUGGGCCUCCAAAGCCCUUGCUCGAGUUGCAACAAAGGACUAUAUUCGCGAAGCUAAACCCCAGUUUGAUUUCGUUAACCUUCUGCCCUCGGUGGUGAUUGGCCCUGAUGAUCGCCUUGAUUUUGACCCAUCUGCGACUGCUGAAAGCCUCCUUCAAGGUACACGGGCUUCAGUACUUGCACCUGCGCUUACGUCUUCGCUCAAUUCUCCGUUCCCCUACGUUGGAACCCCGGUGCAUGUUGCCGAUGUUGCGCGGGCUCAUGUUGACGCAGUGGAUGCAGUGCGAGUUCCUGGAUAUUCUGAAUUCAUUUUGUCUUCAGACACACCAGAUGGAGUCGUUUGGGAUGUUGAUAUCCGUAAUAUCUGCAACAAGUCCUUUGCAGAAGAGGUGUCAAGCAAAGUAUUGCCAUUGGGGGGAUCGUUGACCGCAGUGAAAUGGAGGCUGGAUGCUCAGGAAACACAUGAAACAUUUGGAUGGCAAUUCAUGCCCUUUGAGGAAACGAUGAAGGGCCUUAUUUCACAGUAUCUACGGCUCAAUGAAAGAAAGGCACCGUGA